AUCCUGGGCACUAUUUUGAGAGGUCUUCUGAACACUCCAAAGCAUCUUCCUCUCCUUCACGCCGUUUCUGACACAAACCGACGCGAAACUCGACAGUUUCCACUUUCUCGGGAGGCGACACUGUGGACGACAAACGCCACAACUGUCCGAAACUUCUGUGUACGCGUUUUUUCUCACAAGUAAAUCUCCUUUUAAGCCGUCUAUCUCGUUUCUGUCUUGUUUCCGGAACCACUUAGAAGGCCGACGAACCCCAGCAGUGUCCGCUCCAGACUCGAUCCUCGACAGAUCGCGUAUUUCAUGGUGUGUCUGUUACCAUCGUUAUGUCACCUUCUGUCGCUGCGUUUGAUGUCGAAGGCAUGAAUCUGACGGUGUGUCCCCGGAAAGUGUAACAAAGAGGAAUGCGUUCAGACGGUUCUCGUGUCUCACGACCGUUUUCUCUCACUCAUCUCCCUUCUCGCGUCCCGGCGCUGGCGGGGCAACGCCAGCCCUGCGGCGCCCUCCCUGUCCAAGUUCCCUCUUGAACCCUGUCCGUUCUUUGUAAUUUUCCGAAACCUCAAUUGGUUUUCGUUCGUACAGCCCAGCCCGCACUCCAGGAAGACGCGAGAACUUGCAGGCCUGUUUGUUUCUACGGGGUCCACGCUCAGAGCCUACUGCGGACGCCGGGUCGGACCGAAACAGACUGUUUCUGUCUCUCCGUCCUAGAUGCGUCACCCGUUUUCUGGGGACCUGCGCUCAUUACAGAGUGUCCUCCAAUACCUUGCGUGGUUCCCGAGCUGCGUGGAGGCGUCCGCGUCUGUUUUUAGCGCCGGCCGCUUUUCUCGAGAGCUAUGGAGCACCCCGAGGGCUGCGUCGGCAGCAGUCCGCGUGGGCGAGUCUCCGUGCAUGCGCCUUUCUGUACGUCCCUUCAGAGCUGGGGACUUUUUUGAAGGUGCAGUGUUUCUUGGUCACGCACCCAGUGAGUCGCAGUUUCUUCCUCUCGCCACUGCCUCUCUCUCUCUCAGUCGCCUCCAGCCUUCUCUCUGGACAACUCUCUGGACGCCGACGCGAUGACCUGCGCCCACCCACCUGCGGCUCUUGACGCCACCGACGACCCGCGCACAGCCGGGUUCCGUCGCCGGCAGAAACUGUCGGAGGAUCUGCUGCGGCUCUCUCGCUCGCGAAGGUAUUCAGACUGCCCGCCCCCCGGUCCUCUCCUCUCUGGCGGAGACAGACUUCCAGACGAGGUGCACCCGGCGCCCGCGCGCUGGGAGAAGGUCCUGUGGAGGCGCCAGGCGUAUCCGGACAACUACGUCGACGACAGUUUCCUCGACUCUCUCAUCUGCAAUGCCAACAUGCGCGCCUACGUGUACGCGGACCUCUGCCGUGCAACUGCUGCUGUCACGCAACACAUCAGUCUCUUGGUCGACUUCACCGUCGUCUACAUCAUGCUCGAGAAGAAACGAAUCUCGGUCGGUUCGCUCUUCGCUGUCGACCUCGCGCUUCUCUUCUUCGGAUUCGUCCUGCGGCUUCUCGCCGACGAGGCCCUCCACAAAACAUGGCGAGGGCUCUGGAGCAGUUUCGUCGGCAUGGGUUGUCUUAGGAUCCUUGCGCCGAUCCUUCGCACGCUCACCCAAACCUUCAGCGAGGACACCGUCGUCUGUCUCUCAGUUGUGAGCCUCCUGGUCCACACUGCGUUGACGGACUACUCCUAUAUCUACCGAAAUCCAGACAAAGUCGAUGAGUCUCUGCAGCGGGCGAUGAGCAUAAAUGCCGCGCUGCUGGCCAACGUCGUGCUCGCCUCGCGGCUCUCCUCUUCAACAGAAGUUUUUGCGGUGUUGAUCUUUGGAAUUGAGAUCUUCACCAUCAGCCCCAUGGCGAGGCGCAUUCUGUGGCAAAAGUAUCCAUGGGCGUUUGUCCACGUUUUUACGCCGACGCUCGUCCUCUCCACCGCACUGCUGCUCAGUCUGGAAGCCCCCGCUAGCAUCGUUCUUCUUUUUCUUUUUUCGAUUGUCUUCAUCACUUUCGUGGGGCCCUACUGGCUGAUCAGCUCGCAAAAGUACAAACAUGAGAUCAAAGGUCCGUGGGACGUGGCGGAGGUUCCAAACUACGCGUGAUGUCUCAAGAGGCACAGUGUUCCAGGAGAUGGAAGACUCGCGCGACUGCUUGGGAUAGUCACCUUCCGGCUGUGUUACGCUCCUGCGGGAAGUCGAUGGACAACGGCGCCAAAGAUAUGAGUGCUCAGUGCGGAAGGCAGGAGCGCUGGACUGUGACGCCCUUUGGAGAAGAGAGUCGGAAUGUCAUUUGUGUCAAUCGAGAAAACCUCGCGAUUCUGUUUUCCCCGUGGAGAAAAGAUGAAGCCCUCAAUCGGAUGGCUCGAGUUCUUCGCUUUUUUUACCGUUGCGUGUUUUACCGUUACGCGCGUCGAUGCGCGCAUGGUCAACUACUGGCAGGCUAGAGUUCCACAUUCAUCUGACGCAUGUUUUUUUUCUGCUCGUGUGUGGAGUCUCAAGGCGUGGGUGAAGAGACAAACGUUUCCCGGUCGCUCGUUCGCCCACCUUCACGCCAGUUCCAGUCCUGUGUGCGGGGACUGCUGGGCGGUGUGUCUUUCUCGAAGCGCUUCCACACAUUUUUUGUUGGCACAGUAUCGCCUUUUGUCAAAUGCCUUUUGUUGUCUCUCCGUAGUUUUUUCGAAGCUGUCCGGCAGAUGAACGGAUGCGAAAGAUUGCCGAAGAGUGCGCAGUGGCAGUGUCAUAGCCGUUUUCGUUCCCCAGAGUGUUCGAACCUAAGCAGGGAUCCAACGUUCUGCACAGACUAAAACCUUCCGUGGAGGCCAA